AUGGUCGGUACGGCGUUUCCCGUCGCUGUAAAGGGAACUGACCGUGUCUGGGAGCUGCAAAAGACGAUUAAAAACGAAGCUGUGGAGAUCUACGGAGACUUGAACGCCGCCCAGCUGAGAGUAUAUCUGGCCAAGAACGAUAACGGCGAGUGGCUUACUACAACUGAAGUAAAGCGAAUUGAGAACGGAGACACAAAAGCGGCCCAGAUUUUGCUGGAGAGAGGUCACUUGGCGUCCAUGAGCCAAUUGGCUAGGAUCUUCAAGGACCGUGCCGUUGACGUCGUUCACAUUCUUGUCCAGGCACCUCUUAAGGCCCCAGAGAUAGAGAUGCAAGCAGACAUCACAGGAAAGAGGAAGCGAUCAGAGCAAUCGAUUGGAAACGCUGAGACAAUUGAUGUUUCGGCCGACGAAUUGAGUCUCCUCUUUGACGUAUUGGGGCAAAACAAACAGACUGAGCAGAAUUUGGUUGCAACUGCUGAUCUGAAUAAGUUUUGGAAAGAGUAUGGAGGAUUUCCGUCGACAUUUUUUGUGCGGAAGGAGGGGCUCAUCCUUUGGAACCUGGUUUUGCGGAUGAUGUCCAAGAGGGACAAGCGGGUCACGAUCGUGGGCUCAGCUGGGGUUGGCAAGUCGUGCUUCCUCGCAUUAGUCGGAUUUUACUUAUCAGUUGUUGAAAAGCGGAAGGUUCUGAUUGUUCGCCGGUUGAAUCGUUCAUCGGAAGCUAAUGCUGUGGUCUAUCUUGAUGGCGAGAGCAAUUCUUGCAUCAAAAAGACUAACUUGACGGCUGCGAAGAUUUCAUUGAUACCUGACAGGAAGGAGUCCCAAGGUGCGUUGAUUCUUGUUGAUGGCUACUCCCGAAUGGAAGUUGAACAUCGGUUUGGUCUCUUUCCGUAUCAACUGCUGGCGUCGUUCAUGGAGGACGAGUUUUCGACUGAUGAAGUUGUGCUGCCGGCGUGGCAGUUUAAUGAUUUGUUGCGUUACGCUGAAUUGACACUACCGACUUGGAAGAGAUUAACUGGCCUGGAUCAAGAGAAGCAAGAAACUACGCUGAAACUUGCCCAGGAGCAAUACUUUUACAGCGGCGGAAGUCUCCGCGACUUUUGUAGAAAUCGCGUCGAUGUCAAGAAUGGAAUAGAUGGAGUAUGUGCUCGUGUGAGCAGUGCACAGACACUUGACUUGGAGCUUCAGUUAGGCUCCCGAGGAUACAAUUUGUGGGAUCGAAUUCGGCGGGACUACGUCGUAGAUCCCAACGAUGACGAACAUUACUGGCAGGUUUGCCAUCGGAAGACCGCGAUGGAUUCUGGAUAUGCAUUUAAGCGGAUAGGGCGCUUUAUGGACAUACAGAAGCAGAUUGACCUCUACAAGAUCGCUCAAACGCUCCAAGCUGGAUUUGAGGGCUCGGCAUUUGAACAGUGCUUCCACAGCGCUGUAAGGCGGUCUACAAAGAAAUUUCCUGUUCAGAUGGUAAAUGUCGUGGUUAACUCUGACCCAGCGUACUCAAAUCAAAGAUACGAUCGACUCGUAUUGCACGGCCGGCCGGUGGUAUGCCACGGUAGCACAGAACAGGAUUGCUUCGACAAUUUGUCGCGGCUAUGUUUUGGAGCCUUUUGUCAUCUUGAUAGUGUGAACUUCCCGUUCGUCGAGGCCGUAGCAAUUUGCGAAGGGGUUUUGAGAGGGAGCAACGUUAAAGAAACAGUUGUGGCCACGAUCAGCACUACUGUCUCCAAAAAGAAAUCUUUCAAGUCGGAGCUCUGGACCAAGCUAAACAAGGCACUUGAUCGCAACAAGCACAUCUCCGGCAAUACUCCACGCGUAUUUGCAGUGGUUGGCCCUAAUGCCAGCACGUGCAAGAGCUUUACCUUGAUCGAUGCUCCCGAUCCAAAAGACUUUAUGGUGUGUUGCUAUGACCCACUGAAGUUGUAUCGGAAGUCUUCAAACGCAACAAUUGCAUGA